ACGCUCCUCGACGUCGUCGCCGGCCGCAAGACGACGGGCUUCGGGCGGGGGUCGAUCCUCUACGACGGCGUCCACCCGACGGCCGAGGACCGGAAGCGGCUCCAGGUCUACGUGAUGCAGAACGACGUGUCCCUGGGCACGCUGAGCGUCGAGGAGACGCUGGCCGUCGCCGCGGCGCUGCGCGCGCGCGACGGCGACGUCGGCGGCGCCGUACGGCGCGCGCUCCACCUGUUGGACCUCGCGCCGGCCGCGGGCCGCCUCGUCGCCGACGCGAGCGCCUGCGAGCGGCGCCUCCUCUCCGUCGCCGUCGAGUUCGUCACGCUCCCCGCCGUCGCCUUUCUGGACGAGCCGACGUCGAAUCUCGACGCCGCGGCCGCGGCGUGCUUCUUCGCGUGUUUGCGGCGCGCGCUUUCGGCGACGACGGUGCUCUGCACG